GCACUCUUCAUUUGCAGUGAUCAGCGGAGAACCCAAAGGACCUGCUCAUGCAGCUCCUCCUGCAUACAUGAGGGGCUAGACAGCCACAUGGGAGGCUUCAAUUCCCCUCUAUACAUGCGAGGUAUUGAAUUCCACAUUGGAGGUCAGCUUGACAGAGACGAGACCUGACUACAAGACUGAUGUGAGGUACUCUCUCCGGUUGCAAUAUCAUCUAACGAAUUGAACAAAUAGUUUCAGGAUGACUACCAAGAAGAGGGAGAAUAAAAACUACAGAGCUUUGAAGAAUUAUUAAGGCCAACUCUAGAUUGAUUCUUGACAUCACCACACCAAACAUUAGAGAAUUUUGGCUGAUUAUCUUCCACCAUAGUUGGAGUCUUAAUGUUAGUGUAAUUUACUGAGAAACUUGAGAUGAUGCGCGUAUGUCCUUUUACAACUGUGAUCAAGGAUUUAGAAGUUUUGCCAGACUUUUCUGUAACUGUGUGCUUGAAAAUAAAUAUAGUAAUCAAGUUUGAAAAUGAAUUCUAAAAUCAAUUCUGCUGCAAACAAAAAAAGUGAUUAUCCAUUGUUAUGUUUACCAAAUAUCAAACAAGAAAAAGAUGUAGAUCAUAAUAAUCAAAACAGUGACAUUUUUUACCAUUUUGUACCAGUUAAGGAUGAGACAGAACUAUCUGGACAUGUUCUAACAGAUGUAGAAAAGGUGAAAAUAGAGAUAGAAGACCAUGAUGACUUUGUGUUAGACACAUGGGAAGUGUGUGCUAAGAAAAUAAAUGAAAAACAACUUGAUAUAAGUUCAAGAGAAAGACUAAACACAUGCAAGGACUGUGGGAAAUCUUUUCAACGGAAAGACGGGCUAAAAAAUCACGUAAGAACUCACACAGAAGAGACACCAUUUGUAUGCAGGCAUUGCAAUAAGACAUUUACUUUACGUUCAUCUCUCAGUCGUCACAUGAUGAUUCAUACAAGAGAGAAAUCAUUCCUUUGCGAAAAUUGUGGGAAAACAUUUCAUACCAGAGAAAGAUUAAAUGCUCAUGUGCAAACUCACAGUGGAGAAAAACCAUACGUUUGUGAGAAAUGUGGCAGGACAUUUCGCCAAAAUGGCCAUCUCAUGAGUCACCUAAGAACUCACACAGGAGAGAAACCCUAUAAGUGUAAGUUAUGUGGAAUGGCAUUUAACCAUACAAGAAUGCUUAGGACUCAUAUGAGUUAUCAUACAGGUGUGCGACCUUUCAUUUGUGAAGAAUGUGGGAAAGCAUUUUCUGAAAACCGUAACCUGAAAAUUCACAUGAGGAUUCACACAGGAGAGAGACCAUAUGUAUGCAUCCAGUGCAGGCAGGCAUUUUCUCACAGUGCCUCUCUUGCUCUUCACAUGAGGAGCCACACAGGAGAGAGACCGUAUGUGUGUAAAUAUUGUGGAAAGGCAUUCAUUGAAAAUGGUACCCUGAGAGAUCACAUACGUACUCACACAGGAGAGAAGCCUUUCAUAUGUGGAGACUGUGGGAAGGCUUGUACACAGAAAAGUAAUUUGAAGGUUCACAUGCGAAUUCAUACAGGGGAACGACCAUUUGUGUGCAGUGUUUGCAGUGAAAAAUUUAUGUACAGUGCAGCCCUUAAACUUCACUUGAGAGUUCACACUGGAGGGAAGGAAUUCCCUUGCAAAGAGUGACGAAUAACUUUCAUCAAAAGGGCAGCUUUGAAAGAUCAUAAAAGAAGUCACUUGAGAGAAACAACAUAGAUUUUGUAAAGUAUUGUAUGAUACUAGUUAUCAGGUUAACACCAUUAUCUUCAUAAUAAAUGUUUUUACUUUG